AUGGCGACAGGAUCAGAUACUGAGGAUGAAACAGCAGGAAAGGAAUAUUCAAAUGGAGAUCCGUUGGAUCUUCAAAAUUCAGAUCAUCCUGGUAUGCAUUUUGAUGAUGUUCAGAACCUUGAUGAUUCCCAUACUGAUACCGUUGUUGCUCCUUUGCCUGUUUUGCCACCAGCAGACCCUCACCCUGAGCCUUCUUCUCCUCCCAAUGUUUCCUCCGAUUCUAUUUCUCUCAUUCCGGUACCUUUCCCAGACACUCAGUCCACUUCUGGAGCCCCUAUUGAUUCUUCACCUCACUCUGAAUCAACUCUUCCCUCUCUUCGCCAGAAUGAGGAAGUUUACAUGGAGCCUCCUGAGGGAUACUCCAAGGCCUCAGCAGGGCAGAUUGUCAAUCAUGGGAUACCAAUGCAAGUACUGGAGAGUGUGAAGAAUGCAACUCAUAAGUUCUAUGGAUUACCAGCUGAGGAGAAAAAGAAGUAUUCAAAAGAGGAAUCGCCUACAAACAAUGUACGCUACGGGACAAGCUUUUCUCCUCUAGCAGAGAAGGCUCUGGAGUGGAAAGAUUGGCUUAGCCUCUUCUAUCAUUUUGAUGAUGUUCAGAACCUUGAUGAUUCCCAUACUGAUACCGUUGUUGCUUCUUUGCCUGUUUUGCCACCAGCAGACCCUCACCCUGAGCCUUCUUCUCCUCCCAAUGUUUCCUCCGAUUCUAUUCCUCUCAUUCCGGUACCUUUCCCAGACACUCAGUCCACUUCUGGAGCCCCUAUUGAUUCUUCACCUCACUCUAAAUCAACUCUUCCCUCUCUUCGCCAGAGUGCUAGAAUAAAAUCUCAACCUUCUUGGCUACAGGACUACAUCACCAGUGUUACUACCAAACAGGUUUAG